CACUCCCCAAAGACUGCCUUGUCUGGGUCUUGGCCCUCUCUGAUCUGCCUCACUGGGACCCCUGAAGGCGGCAAAGGGAAGCACUGCCUUCCUGGACCAGCGGGUGUGCUCAGGAAGAACAGCAACCGAGGUGUCGGGAAAACAAAACAGAGCAACAGAGCGGAGCGGGCAAGGCCGAGGUGGACAGAUAAGCAAGAGAAGUGAGUGAGAAAAGGAACAGGAGGGGCUGCGGCAGAGAGAGAUAAGGGGAAGGAUGGAGAAGGCCAGGGGCAAGUGAAGUGACGUGAAGGAAGUGAAGGAGCGCCACGGAGAGGUGCAGGGCGAACCAAAAGGGCGCCCGGCACGGCACUGGGCGGGAGCGCGGGAGCGGGCGGGGGCCGAGGGGCUCCAUCCUGUCCCGCCGCCUUGGGGCGGGGACCGCGCAGCCAGAGAUUGGCUGGGGCGCGCGGCGAGGCCAGGCCAGGAGCCCCGAGGUGGGAGGCGCCUGGAGCAUUUGGGGCGCCCAGAGUGGAGCUGAGCGAAGGCUGCCACCCACUUGGGCCACCUCGGCGGCGGCUGCAGGGGGUCCCAGGGACUAGCGCGGCCAUGCGGGCAGCAGCGGCGGGGGGCGCGCGUACGGCCUCGCUGGCGCUGGCGCUGCUCCUAGGGGCGCUACACGGUGCUCCCGCGCGCGGCGAGGAGUACGACUACUACGGCUGGCAGGCCGAGCCACUGCACGGCCGCUUCUACUCCAAGCCGCCUCAGUGCCUCGACAUCCCCGCCGACCUGCCGCUCUGCCACACGGUGGGUUACAAGCGCAUGCGGCUCCCCAACCUGCUGGAGCACGAGAGCCUGGCCGAGGUGAAGCAGCAGGCGAGCAGCUGGCUGCCGCUGCUGGCCAAGCGCUGCCACUCGGACACGCAGGUCUUCCUCUGCUCGCUCUUCGCGCCCGUGUGCCUCGACCGGCCCAUCUACCCGUGCCGCUCGCUGUGCGAGGCCGUGCGCGCCGGCUGCGCGCCGCUCAUGGAGGCCUACGGCUUCCCCUGGCCCGAGAUGCUGCACUGCCACAAGUUCCCUCUGGACAACGACCUCUGCAUCGCUGUGCAGUUCGGGCACAUGCCCGCCACUGCGCCUCCAGUGACCAAGAUCUGCGCCCAAUGUGAGAUGGAGCACAGUGCUGAUGGCCUCAUGGAGCAGAUGUGCUCCAGUGACUUUGUGGUCAAAAUGCGCAUUAAGGAGAUCAAGAUAGAGAAUGGAGAUCGGAAAUUGAUAGGAGCCCAGAAGAAGAAGAAGCUGCUUAAGCCAGGCCCCUUGAAGCGCAAGGACACCAAGAGGCUGGUACUACACAUGAAGAAUGGUGCAAGCUGCCCCUGCCCACAGCUGGACAGCCUGGCGGGCAGCUUCCUGGUCAUGGGCCGAAAAGUAGAUGGACAGCUACUGCUCAUGGCCGUCUACCGCUGGGACAAGAAGAAUAAGGAGAUGAAGUUCGCAGUCAAAUUCAUGUUCUCCUAUCCCUGCUCCCUCUACUACCCCUUCUUCUAUGGGGCUGCAGAGCCCCACUGAAGGGUGCUGCUCCCUGCCCCACGCAGCCAUGCCUUGCCCUCUGUCCCUGCCCAUCUGGCCUCAUGUCCACUCCCAGGCUCACCCAGCCCCUAGCAGAAGGUGGCUUCCUACAGUGCUGUUAGUGACCCAGGCCCCAGGGAAAGGCCCAGGGCUCAGGCCCUGUCCUUCAUGACUGAGAGGUCCUUAAGCUCCUGGGGUCUUAGGCUUUCUCUCUUAGAAGAAGGAUUUUCUCUUCCCAGGAAGAGGUCAAAGGGAGGAGAGAGCAACAGAAGGGAGGAGGGCAGCCUGAGGAGGGGGCUUCUCAAGUGGACAGUAGGAUUGGCUCUGCUCUACUAGUGGGGGGUCCUUGCCUUGGAGAGGUGUCUCAGUGUUGAGCUGAACAUGUAUGUCCUCAGCACAGCCCUCCAAAGUGAAAGACUUAGGGUCUCCAUGCCCUCCAGCCACACCUUCUGCAUUCUAAAACCUCCCAGUCCUCUACCCCAGGCCUGGAGCCCAGCCUCUAUACAGAUCCACUCCCAAGGCCCUCUUCUUGGGGCUUCUUCCUGGGCCUCUGCAUCUCCCUUUUCCCCUGAUGAUGCUAAGUUAUUACUACUGCAGUGAGGCCAUAGGUUCUAGAUGACAGAUACUAGCAGGGUUUGAUUUUUUUUUAAUUUUUUUUUAAGUUUUUAAUUAAAUUAAAGAAAACAACAGUU